AUGUCAACCCCGGAGGAUACCAAUGAAGCUGAAAGCAGCAGUACCUCCACCCCAAGACCAAGCACUGAACCUACUAUCAUCACCAUACGCGGGUCCACACAACACCGACCAGACAAUACACCUCGCGCAGAUACCACACGACGCACAGAAAUCUACACCGAUAACCCGGGCCACGCGAGUCGUCUGACAGAUGAGGAGCGCCAGAGACUAGAGGCAAUGGCGGCAGACUCGAGAGGCGGAGCGAUCUUCGUUACGUAUGAUCUGGUUCACAGAAUCGAUACGCUCAUGGCGGAUGGGACUCGUCGCACGGAUGAGGCUUUGAUGCAGUAUUUGUUUCAAGAUGAUAUCUGGGAGGCUGUUGAUACUAGUGAUAUGAAUAUUACGGAGACACAGGGGGUCGGUAGGGAUGGCAAUGGUAAUGGUAAUGGAAGGCAGGGAGGGGAGAGUGAAUCGAAAUUGACGAAUGGAACAUAG